AUUUAAAAGAGCACUGAGGGGGAAUGUACAUGUACUAAAAGCAUAGCAAGGAGCAGAUAGAGGCAAAGAGGGAAAAGAGAGCAAAGUAGAAACAGAUCCUGCUUCUUUCUGCCUACUACAACUCCCUUUCAGCACCAAGGACAGAGCCUCUGAAGGAUUGACCCAAGCAACGUUCAGUUUAGGGUUCCUCCCAAAUCCUCUAGAGAAAACGGAUGCAUUCGAAAGCUGUGAAACAUGCAGUAAGGUUUAACAGAGAAGCUGUAAGAGCAGCACACAAGUGAUUUCACCUUAGAGGCAAAAAUGGGUGAUUUUCUUUCUGUUCAUUUCCACAGUUUCUGUGUCCUGGGAAAGGCAAAGUUUGCUUGGCAUGGGCAUGUCUGCUGUCAGUAAAUGGCUGCAGAAGCUGAGGUGCUAAACUCCACAGUCUCCAGAAAUCAGAAGAAAAUUUCAGAGGAACCCACUGGGGUCACUCAUCUCCCCUGGGCGAUGGCACCUCUGAGUCAGCUGAGCAGCCACAUCAACUCCACCUGUGGGGUAGAGAACUCCACGGGGGCCAGUCGGGCCCGCCCGCAUGCCUACUACGCCCUCUCCUACUGCGCACUCAUCCUGGCCAUUGUCUUCGGCAACGGUCUGGUAUGCGUGGCUGUACUGAGGGAACGCGCCCUGCAGACCACUACCAACUACCUGGUGGUGAGCCUGGCUGUGGCAGACCUACUGGUGGCCACCUUGGUGAUGCCCUGGGUGGUAUACCUGGAGGUGACAGGUGGAGUCUGGAACUUCAGCCGUGUUUGUUGUGAUGUUUUCGUCACCCUGGAUGUCAUGAUGUGUACAGCCAGCAUCCUGAACCUCUGUGCUAUCAGUAUCGACAGGUACACUGCAGUGGCCAUGCCAGUCCACUACCAACACGGCACAGGACAGAGCUCCUGCCGGCGUGUGGCCUGCAUGAUUACAGCCGUCUGGGUGCUGGCCUUUGCUGUGUCUUGCCCUCUCCUCUUUGGCUUCAACACCACAGGAGACCCCAGCAUCUGCUCCAUCUCCAACCCUGAUUUUGUCAUCUACUCUUCAGUGGUGUCCUUCUACCUGCCCUUUGGAUUGACUGUCCUCGUCUAUGCCAGGAUCUAUGUGGUGCUGAGACAGAGGAGGCGGAAACGGAUCCUCACUCGGCAGAACAGCCAGUGCAUCAGUGUCAGACCCGGCUUUCCCCAGCAGUCUUCCUGUCUGAGGCUGCACCCCAUGCGGCAGUUUUCAAUAAGGGCCAGAUUCCCAUCAGAUGCCACAGGGCCAAUGGAACAUUCAGAAGAUAAACAGUAUCCCCAGAAAUGUCAGGACCCUCUCUUGUCACACCUGCAGCCCCUCUCCCCUGGCGGGUCACAGAUGGAGCUGAAGCGCUACUUCAGUAUCUGCCAAGAUACUGCCUUGGGGCAGCCGGGUUUCCCAGAAGCGGGAGAGUUUAAAAAGGAGGGUAGCACUCGGAACUCCCUCAGUCCCACCCUGGCACCCAAACUCAGCUUAGAGGUUCGAAAACUCAGUAAUGGCAGGCUGUCGACAUCCCUGAAGCUGGGGACCCUGCAGCCUCGGGGAGUGCCACUGCGGGAGAAGAAGGCCACCCAAAUGCUGGCCGUUGUGCUUGGGACCUUCAUUGUCUGCUGGCUGCCCUUCUUUCUGACCCACGUUCUCAAUACCCAUUGCCAAGCAUGCCACGUAUCCCCAGAGCUUUACAGUGCCACAACAUGGCUAGGCUAUGUGAACAGCGCCCUCAACCCCGUGAUUUAUACCACCUUCAAUGUUGAGUUUCGCAAAGCCUUCCUCAAGAUCCUGUCUUGCUGAAGGAAGAGAGGAGAGCACACUGCUUGUGCCCACCUUUAGCUACCAGGCCACUGGGCCACUGGCCAGGGUCUGCUCAGAAAGACUGCUGAGUUCUCUGGCAUGCGGCAGGAAGAAGAUUCCUGAAGCUAGGACAUCCCUGAGUAGCAGGUGUAACCAACGGCUUCCUCCAAAACAGAAUGUUCUAUCUCCCCAGCUAAAAUCUGACUUCCUUCUGGCAAUCUUUGAGUGGUGGGGGCAGGGGAGGGGCCCUGAGUGAUAAGCAAUAAUUCAGAAAGAAGCUGAUACAACUUGACUCUACACACACACGUCACCAGAGGCAUGAUUCAUUGCAGGGAAGGAAAAAAUGGAUGUAUCUCAUAAUUCUCAACUUGCCAGGAGUCCUUGACAUUUCAGCCAGUAAGCCGUCUUGCAGAACAGCCAGCCUGUCUUCCUUCAAAUCUCUCAUUAACUGUCAGGCUGACCUUGCCCUUUGUGGGCCCAUUCCCUCUUGGUCAUUCCUGUCAUCCAGCGCAUACUGAAACAUAACACAGGCCAGUGCCUCUACCUCCCUGUAGAAUCUGACUGGCUGCACUUGUGAGGGAAAUUCCUCACCCUGAGGGAGACACCAUCCCACAUUGGGACCUGGGCUUCAUUUCAAACCUCGCUACUCAUGUAUUUCAGCUCUAGCUAAGCAGGCCCCUGGAUUCCAUUCCCUUACUCUCAGAGCCCCAAGCCUGAGUAAUUCAAGAUGGGGAUGUUAGCCGAGUAAAAGGAAUGGCAUUCCCACUAUAGAAUCACGGUUGAACUUGUGUUUCAGAACAUGGUUUAGAUAUGCUCUUCAUAACUACUCUGGGUAAGUUUUCUUACCCAGGCAUCUCCACCUCCUGCUUAACAGAGACCCAGUACUUUCAGACCCUGAAAGCGUUCAGUAUUAAGUAUCUACAAAGUCCCAGGCUCUAGAUGUAUGACGAUGAAUAAGACAGCUCCUGCCUUCAAGGAGCCCAACCUCCUGCUCCCACGUUUGCCCAUUUACUAGUUAAAGGGGGAAAGGGACCCACCUAGACUGCCAGAGGACCUCAGAGCUGAGGGCACAGGCAGGGUGCCUGUCCAAAACCAUCACACAGUCUCUGGAAAGUCCUAGUGUGGACCGUGACAUCACCUCUCCAACAACUGAGAUUAAAGUUGUACUAGAAGCAAAGUGUCAGUGUCACUCAAAAUUGCAUUUAGAAGGUACUUAAAUAUUCUCACCAUUCACCUUUUCACCUACAGAAGCUAUUCUUAUUGAUUACAGAAUCAAGAUACAAUUUAUGGACAUUUAUGAAGUGUCAUCAUCCUGAACUUCAGUAAAUUAACUGUUAAGAGCUAUUAGUACAUAGGCAUGAGAGAUGCCCACUGCAGUGCUGUUAAAACUUCAACGUGCACAAGAACUUUACAAGGAAUCCAAGGCUUCUCUUUGCCCCAUCUUUAUUCCUCUAACCCCUAAUGUAUAAGAAGGAAAUAUAUACCCUCAGUGAGUUGAUUACCUGUUACUCCUGAAUGCUGUUAACGCCAGUAUUUUUUAAUGUUUUUGUCUGUGACAGUGUUUAUAUUGUAACUCGCUGGGAAAAUUCUGUCUGCCCACUAGUUCUUGUACCUCAAGCCAUCUAGCUUAUAGGUUUAUGGAGCAAGAAGAACUGGGGACUGAGACAAUUAGAUAUCUGGAGAAGUAAAAGGACAUGAUUCCUAGGUUUGUCCAUGAAAAAUAAGCAGCAAACAAGUGGGACAGUGGGGUAAACAUCAUAGAAUUCUAUGUUAAAUCAGAGUUCUAAAUAUAAAAACAGAGAGCAUUAACAUUAGUAUAUUUGAGAGAAAGAAUGAUAGCAAAUAUUUUGUAUCCUUCCUUUACAUUAGUCAUUAGACCUUUAUGAUAACCUUAGGAAAUAAAUUUGUAGACUUGGAAACUACAGCCGAGUCGGCCCCAGCUCACAGAGAGCUUGCAGUGCUGGGACACAAGCCGAUGCAAUUAACAACCAUGGCACACUGCUUCCCACCAGAGAGGUAAAGGGGUAGAAAGAAAAAUAAGGCAAGAAAAAGAUGGAUUGAAGAUAUCUGAGAGAGCCUCAGCCUAACUCACCUGCUUCCACCCUUAGAUCUUCCAAAGAACCCAGCCCAAGGCAUUAUACUCACUCUUGCCAUAUUCAUUUCUGAAAUAGUCACAUGGGAUAUCUAUAAUCUAUUUUCAUAGAAUCAUGAGAUAGAUUUCAGAGAGUAUUUGGUUCUACUUUCUCAUUUAUGUAAAAGGAAACUGGGGUCCAGAACUGUCAUCCCAGUUGGUUCAUGACAGAUAAGCACUCAGAUCUGCUGAAUCCUAGGUCAGUGCUGUCUCUGCCUUACCACACUCCCCAAGAGCCCCAUAAAAACUACAAACCCCAUGCAGAUACAAAGAGAAAGUCAUUUGUCACCUCCACCAUUAAACUGCGAGGCACCUUUUCCCUAGACACCCUUAUCCCUAAUCUGAGCCAAUAACUCCUUCCCAGAGCUUUCUUCAAAUGCAGGAAGAGCCUCCUGGGGGGAUUGCAAACACAUCUCCCAGACACUCACUUAAGCCUCUUCACCCUGGGAUUCUUCAUUCUAUCUUUUCUACCUCUACAGUUCCACCAUCAACCAGAACACAUAACUGCAGAGCUGGCUAACUUUCAGAGCCAGCAUGGCUAAAAGUUCCAGGAGAGAUGUUGGUCUGGAUGAGGCAGAACAGAGUUCUUGGGGCAACCUGCCCUGGAGCCCAGAGAAGCCUCAGAACUGCCCACACUAUUUGAAUGAAAUGCAAACAGUAUAAUGGAAACCCAAAGAGAUUACAAACAUUUAACUCUGGGCCAUAAGUAAAUAUUUCCUUCUUCCAGGACACCAUCAUCUAAA